CCAUUCCUUCAUCUGAAUCUGAACACGCUCGCGCUGCUCAGACACUAAAAAAAGUCAGCAUCAAACCAAGCGUGCCUAAAACCUUUGCUUUUACACUUUUUUUUCUUUUCUCCAGCCAUCUGGGGCUACACUUCUGCAAUCGAUUGCAUUCGUUCUGGUUAUUUUAUAAGAAAAGAAAUGACGAUAGUUCAGGCAUAUCGUCGAAUAUCUGGCGGAUCGGUGAUUGUUGCAGAUUCAUUACGGUUCACUACGUGCUGGAGACAUUUUUCGACGGCGUUUAGAGAGGAAAGAGAUACGUUUGGACCAAUUCAAGUCCCAUCUGAUAAGUUAUGGGGAGCUCAAACACAAAGAUCUUUGCAGAAUUUUGAAAUUGGAGGAGAUCGCGAAAGAAUGCCAGAACCAAUCAUUCGUUCUUUUGGAAUUCUUAAAAAAUGUGCUGCUAAGGUGAACAUGGAAUAUGGUCUUGAUCCAUCCAUAGGGAAAGCAAUAAUGCAAGCUGCACAAGAAGUUGCAGAGGGGAAGUUGAAUGAUCACUUUCCAUUGGUUGUUUGGCAAACUGGUAGUGGCACUCAAAGCAAUAUGAAUGCCAAUGAGGUGAUUGCAAAUAGAGCAGCUGAAAUCCUUGGCCACAAGCGAGGUGAUAAGUUUGUGCAUCCAAAUGAUCAUGUGAACAGAUCACAGUCUUCAAAUGAUACAUUUCCAACUGUAAUGCAUAUUGCAGCUGCUACAGAAAUCAAUUCAAGACUUAUUCCAAAACUUAAGCAGUUACAUACUUCCCUACAAGCAAAGACAAACGAGUUCUCUGAUAUAGUUAAAAUUGGGCGUACACAUACUCAAGAUGCAACACCAUUGACCCUUGGUCAAGAAUUCAGUGGCUAUACCACACAAGUGAAGUAUGGAAUUGAACGGAUCAUAUGUACUCUCCCUCGCAUGUAUCAGCUUGCACAAGGUGGCACUGCUGUAGGGACAGGAUUGAACACAAAGAAAGGAUUUGAUGUGAAGAUUGCUGCAGCAGUAGCUGAUGAAACAAAGUUGCCAUUUGUAACAGCUGAAAAUAAGUUUGAGGCACUGGCUGCACAUGAUGCUUUUGUUGAAGCUAGUGGAGCCCUGAACACAAUUGCUACUUCCCUUAUGAAGAUUGCUAAUGACAUACGUUUCUUAGGAAGUGGUCCACGAUGUGGUCUUGGUGAGCUUAUUCUCCCUGAGAAUGAACCUGGAAGCAGCAUCAUGCCUGGGAAAGUGAACCCUACUCAAUGUGAGGCUAUGACUAUGGUUUGUGCUCAGGCAUAUGGAAACCAUGUGGCUCUUACAGUUGGUGGGUCAAAUGGUCAUUUUGAGCUCAAUGUUUUCAAGCCAAUGAUUGCCAGUAAUCUUUUACAUUCGAUAAGGCUUAUUGCGGAUGCAUCUGCUUCGUUUGAAAAGAACUGUGUAAGAGGCAUUCAAGCCAACAGAGACAGAAUUUCAAAGUUAUUGCAUGAGUCGCUUAUGCUUGUGACAUCUUUGAAUCCUAAAAUUGGAUAUGACAAUGCUGCAGCAGUUGCCAAGACUGCUCACAAGGAGGGGAGUACACUGAAGGAAGCUGCUCUGAAAUUGGGAGUGUUGACAAGUGAAGAAUUUGACCAACUUGUAGUGCCUGAAAAGAUGAUUGGUCCAUCUGAUUGAUAUUAAUGAAAGGAUAUUCAUAUAAAAAUAAUAAUAUCACAUAUAUGUUAUAUGAUGAACUUGAAGCCGUUUUAUUUACUCCAAGUUGAGAUAAGAAAUAAAAUGAUCACUGGUGGAGGGGCUAUUUCAACGUUUCAUUUCAGAGGUUUGUUCGGAGUCAUAAAUUAAGUGUGAAAUUUGUAAGAGAAGUUGUUGAGGAGACUAGGGCUUCUUAUUUAUUUUUUUUGUUAGAUAAAAACCAUUUGAAUCGGAUGUCUAAAUGGUCCAACAGUUUACACAGGGAGCCAAAUCUUGAGAUUUCAUAUUUGAUUUUAUGUUAUUUGUAUACCAUGUUGUUUGGGCUUUAAACUGGAUUGUAAUGGCAUAAGUGGGUAUGUUAUGGCUCAACGCACACCACCAGCUAAGACUGUGUUUGUGUUUGGCGCGCGCUAGCUUAUUUUUCGAA